AUGGUGCCCGCGCUUCUUACUGCCGUCGACUCGACAUCCCACAUCCACCUCAUAAUUGGGUCGAACCCUCUUGCAGGCGCACGCUGCACACGGUCUAUUGAGGUCGGCGCCAAACCAAUUCUCCUUGCACCUGAAGAUGCUACGCUGCACUACGGCCUGGCCAAGCGCAUCGAAGAGGGCCAAGUCCAAUGGCUCAAGCGUACCUUCCAAGAGGACGACCUGACAACGCUCGGUCGCGCAGAGGUUGGCAGCGUAGUUGACGCUGUGUUUGUAACUGCUGGUGGAAAGCAGGGUCAGAGCACCCACAUCUCGAGUCUAUGCAGACGACUACGAAUCCCCGUCAACGUCGCCGACGCUCCCAAUCUAUGCACCUUCACGCUUCUCUCCACACACUCCGACGGCCCUCUACAGAUUGGUGUCACAACAUCUGGAAAAGGAUGUAAGCUAUCCGCACGCAUACGCCGGGAGAUCGCCGCCUCUCUCCCUCCACAACUGGGAGACUCCGUCGAGAGACUGGGAUUACUGCGGAGGCGGAUAUGGGAGGAAGACCACGCAGCCGAGCUAUCACAGGACCUCGAAGCAGAAGAAGAAGACAGCGGCCAACCCGCCACAUUCAACAAGCUGAUCCUGGAAGAAAGCAAAGAAGCAGCACGCGGGCGACGCAUGCGCUGGCUCUCACAAAUCUGCGAGUACUGGCCCCUCCGCCGCCUAGCCGCCAUCUCCGACGCAGACGUCGACCUCCUCUUCCGCGAAUUCGCCAGCAGCAGCCCCUCGAAAAUCGGCCCCACAGCCACAACCCCAACCCCCAGCAGAAAAACAGGCCGCAUCAUCCUCGCCGGCUCCGGCCCAGGAAACCCCGACCUCCUCACCCGCGCAGCCCACAAAGCAAUCCUAUCCGCCGACCUCAUCCUCGCCGACAAACUCGUCCCCGCCCCCAUCCUCGACCUAAUCCCCCGCCGCGCCACCCUCCACAUCGCGCGCAAGUUCCCGGGCAACGCCGACGCCGCGCAAGAAGAACUUCUAAACUGGGGUCUCGAGGGCCUCAAAGCGGGGAAAACCGUAGUUCGCAUCAAGCAAGGCGAUCCGUAUAUCUACGGCCGCGGCGGCGAGGAAUACACCUUCUUCCGCUCCCACGGAUUCACACCCCUCGUCCUCCCCGGCAUCACAAGCGCACUCAGCGCACCGCUCUUCGCGGAUAUACCGGCUACGCACCGCAGCGUCGCAGACCAAGUCCUGAUCUGCACGGGCACAGGGCGGAAAGGCGCGCCUCUCGACCCCCCGGAAUUCGUACCCUCCCGCACCGUCGUGCUGCUCAUGUCUCUGCACCGGCUUGCCGAUCUGGUCGAUUCUUUGCUGAAAAAGGGGUACCCGGCUGAUCUCCCCCUCGCGGUUCUGGAACGCGCGUCGUGUCCUGAUCAGCGCGUUAUUCGCACACAGCUGCAGCAUGUGUGUGCCGCGGUGGAGGAGGAGGGGAGUCGGCCCCCUGGGCUGCUGGUCGUGGGGUAUGCGUGUAAAGUGCUGAAGGCGUAUGAUCAGCGGUGGGUGAUUGAGGAGGGGUUUCAUGGGUUGGAUGAUUUGGGGUGUGAGGGGGGGUUGGCGGGGUUGGCUGGUGUUGGUAUGACUGUGUGA